GUUUUUUUUUUCUUGGUUUUUACUACACUAUUCUUCUUUCACAUUAUCUCUAUUUCUAUUUUUUUUCCUUUCUUCUCUAGCCCCCACCUUUCGUUUCCAUUUCUUGCUAAAAAUACCCAAGAAUUUCUCUCAGAAAUAAAUUUUUUUAAUCAUGUCAGGCGACAAACCUAAAGAUUCUGCUGAAGGGUCUUCACGAUCUGGUGGUGACCAGCAGCUAAUUCCUCAUCAACCGGCUCCGUUGAGUCGGUAUGAGUCACAGAAAAGGCGAGACUGGAACACUUUUGGACAGUACUUAAAGAAUCAGAGACCUCCCGUUUCAUUAUCUCAGUGUAACUGUAAUCAUGUCCUUGAUUUCCUUAGGUAUCUUGAUCAGUUUGGAAAGACUAAGGUUCAUCUACAUGGAUGUGUGUUUUUUGGACAACCUGACCCUCCUGCUCCUUGUACUUGUCCUUUAAGGCAAGCUUGGGGAAGCCUUGAUGCCCUAAUCGGACGGCUUCGAGCUGCUUAUGAAGAACAUGGAGGAUCACCAGAGACUAAUCCUUUUGGAAAUGGUGCUAUUCGUGUAUACUUGCGCGAAGUGAGGGAAUGUCAAGCAAAAGCUAGAGGAAUUCCAUAUAAGAAGAAAAAGAAGAAGAAGAAUCAAAUUAAGCCAAGAGAGGAUGCGAAGCCCUCUAUCUCUAUGCAGCCUGCUUAAGAAGAAGCAACCAACGGAUAUCAGAGAGUAGGUCAGUUGGGUGAGAAGGUUAUAGAAAAGGCAAAUGUUGGAAAUUUCUCCUCGUCUCUAUAUAUAUGUGGGUGUUAUAGGUUGUACGGUAGCAAGAGAUAUGUAUAUCAAGGAGUCUUGAUUAGCCACUUCCUAUAUAAAUAAUCUUUGUCGUUGAAGUUGAUCUAAACGAUUUGUAGUUCGUAGGAAUUUACCAUCUACUUUGUGAUGUCCUUGUUGCCUCCCAAAACCUUCUUGUUAGAAGUUAAUGGAAAGCUAUAUUUAGUUCUC